AUGAGUAGGGUCGCCUCUGGAUUGGGAGCAAGCGUGCCUCUGGGAUUGUGUUUCCUUUAUGGAGGGAAGAAGUUCGACCUCAGUUGGGAUGCUCGCCGUUGUUACGUCAACAAGGAGGCGAGGCGGAGGCGGAGAGGGCGAGGCGGUGGGAGUAACGCUCCUAGGAUCGUCGCUGCUCGUGCCAGCCUCUCCAGUUUCUUCUCGACCCAAUUUAGAUUCGACUCUCAGGUCCUUUUUUAGAUCAUACAGUCCCUUUCCACACUGUUCUAUCUCGUCGGCUUGUUCGUCAGUUGGAUAGCGCUUGGAUCCAAAGUAAUUCCUUUGUUAAUUAAAUGCUUCAAUUAGCAUUGCACUGAUCACGAGAGAAAACAAUAUGAACAUUUCUUCAUUUUUCACAUAGAUAUCACUCAAGUUGGUUGUUUAUCAAGUGGCAUUCUUCAUAUUCCAAAGGCAACUCGUUUUAGUUAUCUUGCUGAUCACACAGUUUUUCAUUUUCCUCUUUUACUGCAUUUAGUACUAUCCCUGCUCUAAACUUAACAUACUCCCAAGCGAUAAGCUAUCGCAUGGAGCUCUGAUUCAGGAUGCUGCUUCGUCUAGUUAUUUGAAGAUUUGAAAAUUGGAACAAUUACAGUACACAUCCAUCAAGAAUGAUAACACAAUCAAUUUAUUAUCAUAAAAUGUGUUUCGUAAAUUAAAGUUUGUCUUUCCCAGGAAAUUUUACUUGUAAAUAAUGGAAUAGCUAUUCGAAAUUGACACUCGAUAUCUGGUUGGAGUUGUAGACUUUUCAGACACAAGAUUUGUCUCAACAGCUAAGGAUUGGCCCUAUUCCUGGCGAUAUUGCUGAAGUUGAGGCGUACUGUAGAAUUUUCAGAGCUUCAGAGCAGCUUCACGGCGCUAUAAUGGAGAGUUUAUGCAAUCCAGAGACAGGAGAAUGUAAAAUAUCGUAUAACAUACCCUCUGAAGAGCUGCCAUCGGUGGAGGAGAAAAUAGUUGCAGUGCUUGGUUGUAUGGUUGUUCUACUAAACCGAGUUCGAGAAGAAGUGUUGUCUGGGAGAUCGUCUCUUAGUAGUUCUUUCCGCGUGAAAGAUGUCAAUACCUUAGAUGGUAGAGUUCCACCACUUGCUGUAUUCAGGGGUGAGAUGAAAAGGUUCUGCGAGAGUUUGCAUCUUGCUCUUGCAAAUUACUUUACGCCAUUUGACGACCGAAGUUCCAAUAUCUGGAGAAAAUUGCAGAGGUUAAAGAAUGUGUGUUAUGAUGCUGGCUUUUCACGCAUUGAAAGUUACCCUUGUCAAACAAUGUUUGCAAACUGGAACCCUGUUUAUCUCUCAACAGCAAUAGAAGGCACGACAUCAGAAAAUCGUGAAGUGGCGUUUUGGAAAGGUGGCCAGGUGACAGAUGAAGCUUUACGCUGGCUUAUGGAAAAUGGUUUUAAAACUAUUGUUGAUCUCAGGGUUGAAUAUGUGAACGAUAAAUACUAUCAGCUUGCCAUUGACAGUGCUAUAUCUUGUGGAAAAAUACAUGUUGUACACAUGCCAGUUGAAGUUGGAACUGCUCCUUCAAUGGAACAGAUUGAGCAGUUUGCAUCUCUGGUCUCGGACUCCACCAAGCGACCUCUCUAUCUCCAUAGUCAAGAGGGAAUUGGCAGAACUUCUGCAAUGGUUUCAAGAUGGCGGCAAUAUACUACACGCUCUGGCUCACAGUUGACAAAUGGCAAUAGUCCACCAGGUGAUAAAAAUAAUCAAUUGCCCGAGGAUUUAGACAAUCCUCGUAAGUUUCAUGGAAUGAAUGGAAAAGGAGGCAACGGGGCUAUUCUUCAGGAUCAUCAAAAUGAAGGAAAGGUCCAUAGGAACAGUGUCAGUGUGGAUGAGGCAGAUCCUCAGUUUUCUUUUUCUAUGGAUAUUGAUCCACUUAAAUGUCAGGUUCCUAACUUUGAUGUUUUUUCUCGGAAAGCAAUGAUGCAGUUCCUCAAGGAUCGAAAGGUCUCUCCCCGCUCAUAUAUUAAUAAGCAAAUAAAAAGAUUCGAUGUUUCAGCACAGUCAGGUUAUCAACAGACAGUUUCAAAUCAGGUGAGUGAAACUCCUUCAGAGAUUCAGCCACCAUCCUCAUUGGAGAUCGAAAAUUCAAAUGGAAAACUCCCAGAAAAAGAUUUCCGUCCUAGGAUGAAUGGUGAAAAUGAUGCUGUUGGUGACAAAUCCUUUAGAAAUGAAAAUACUGUUUCGUCUGGUUCAAAUGUGAACGGUUUUCGUGUAGGAGAAAGUCGUAUCAUCACAGAGCCCAAAAAUACCAUUAAGAACGAAAACUUGAACAAGCAAGUGUCAUCUACUGCUAUCGGAGAAAAAAGAGGGGAUUAUGGUCGUCCUGAGGGUGGUUCAGAGGUUGUUGAUGGGAAUAUGUGUGCAUCUGCAACGGGUGUUGUAAGAAUUCAAUCAAGGAGGAAAGCUGAAAUGUUUUUAGUUCGGACAGAUGGAUUUUCUUGCACCAGAGAGAAGGUACAGGAGACUUCCUUGGCUUUCACGCACCCCAGCACCCAGCAGCAGAUGCUCAUGUGGAAAUCAACACCAAAGACAGUAUUAUUAUUGAAAAAGUAUGGUAAGGAACUCAUGGAAGAAGCCAAACAGGUAUAUAUACAUACUCUGUCCUCUCAUCAAUGGAAUUCCCUGGCAUUCAUCCAGAUUUUUCGUUAUGCAUAUCUUUAACUAAUGUGAAUAUCAGCUCCAGCUUGAAAAAAACCUAGACGAGAUUUGGGUUUUGGAGCUAAUUUUUUGGUUUCAAGAUUUACAGUCAAUUUAUACGACAAUGAUCUGAUGUGCUGAACUUAUUAUCUAGGUGGCAUCGUUCUUGUAUCAUCAAGGGAGGAUGAAUGUCGUGGUAGAGCCGGAUGUCCAUGAUGCUUUUGCGAGGAUACCGGGUUUUGGAUUUAUACAAACUUUCUAUAGUCAAGAUACCAGGUACUAAUUAGUCUUCGGUCUUAAAGAUUACUGUCGAAUAAUGUUGAAGAUAUGCAUCUUGGAGGCUCACUCUCAAUUUCCUUUUACACAAUACAGUGACCUCCAUGAGAGAGUUGACUUUGUUACCUGUUUGGGGGGAGAUGGCGUUAUCUUGCAUGCAUCUAACUUGUUCAGAGGCGCAGUUCCACCCGUGGUCUCUUUUAACCUCGGAUCCCUUGGAUUUCUCACAUCUCAUGCUGUAUGCUUCUUAUCUCCACCUUUUUUAUGUCUUUUUGUAUUUUAUUCACUUCCCCGCAGUGUUGACUUUCUUAAUUUGUCCUGUAGUUCGACGACUUCAGAGAAGAUCUGAGUGCAGUUAUCCAUGGAAAUAAUACCCUGGACGGAGUUUAUAUAACGCUUCGAAUGCGUCUAAGGUGUGAAAUCUUUCGAAAUGGAAAAGCAGUUCCCGGAAAAAUAUUUGAUGUUCUAAACGAAAUCGUCGUGGAUCGUGGUUCCAAUCCAUACCUCUCCAAGAUCGAAUGCUACGAACAUAACCGUCUCAUUACCAAAGUAAGAUGAAUGCCCACCUGCUUUUUGGCUGUGUACUAUUUUCCGUAUUUUCUUCAUGAUCAGAUUCUGCUUUGUGUUCUUCAUGCUUCUGGCCGGUCGAUUCCUCUGGAUGCUAUCCUAAUCUUGUCUCUCUAUCAUUUCAGACACUUUUUACUCUAAGCCAUAAAAAAAUAAAAUACACGAGCUAUUAAAACCUUGAAUUUUCCCGUUUAUGCUUGAGAACCACUUUUCUCAACCGACUAAAUUUCUCCGAUCUCAGGUACAAGGUGACGGCGUUAUUAUAGCUACACCUACAGGAAGCACCGCCUACUCCACAUCUGCUGGGGGCUCCAUGGUACACAAGUCAAUUUUCCAUUAAUGUCGAUGCAUUCCUGGAGAAAUUCUCUUGGAUCUGAAAUGCUCUCCUGGAAUCAUAAAGCCCAUCUACCUUUUUCUAUUUUAGUUGAUUUUUGCAUCAGAAAUGUUCUCCUGUGAUCAUACAGCCCAUCUACCUUUUCUAUUUUAGCUGAUUUUUGCAUCAAAAAUGUGUGAGAAUAUUCUGGAGAACUCACCUCCAAGGUAGCUCGUAGCAUGAAGGCCGAGGUAGAAAAAUAAAACAUUACUGAGAAAAAUGUAGCUCAGAAGCGAACGCAUGUAGUUGAUUAAGUAGGAAAGAAACAUCUGAAGUGAUCCGUGUUUACAGGAUAAUUGCCCGAUAUGGUAUUGAUAUUUUUAUAUUAAAAUAUCUCUAUUCAUUUAUGAUGAAUUCGUUGUAAAUUAUGUAGGUUCACCCGAAUGUUCCCUGCAUAUUAUUCACUCCGAUCUGCCCACACUCCUUGUCAUUCAGACCCGUGAUUCUUCCUGAUUCGGCCCAGCUUGAGCUAAAGGUUAGGCGCUUUCCCCCUCUCUCUCUCUCUCUCUCUCUCUCGCUCUCUCUCUGGGUAUAUACUUGCUGUUGUAUCGUCACCAAUAAUCACGCUUUUGAUGUGCGAGAUGGAACAGAUUCCGGCGGACGCGCGGAGCAACGCGUGGGUGUCAUUUGACGGGAAGAGGAGGCAACAGCUCUCCAGAGGGGACUCCGUCCGCAUAUGCAUGAGCCAGCACCCGCUCCCAACGGUCAACAAGUCCGACCAGACCGGCGACUGGUUCCACAGCCUCAUCCGCUGCCUCAAUUGGAACGAGCGUAUGGACCAGAAGGCCCUCUGA